AUGGAGGAAGGUCAUCAAUCAGAGGAGACACAGGUUGUUCUGGCUGCAGGUAAAAAACACUUAAACAGGGUUUGGACAACAAAUAAAGUGGUGAUCAAAGGUAAUGAUGAUGGCAACCUUAAAGUGGAUUAUGUCUUCAUGGCGUGCGGCGAUAUGAAAAAUUGCAGCAGUAGCACCAUCACACGCUCACCUGGAAGUGAUGAAUCUGCUAUGUUGGCACGUGUGAAAUAUAGCAGUUUUAAUUUAUCACUUGCAGAACUCAGUGAAAAUAAUGUGUCAAGUACGAAAAACAAGAGUGGCAAUACUCUGAUCUCAGAACCUCAUAUCUUAAGUACACAAUAUAAGAGUUCUAAUAAAACUCUGCUCGCUGAACCUCGUGUGCUCAAUGGCAACAAGAAAGCUCUGAUCUAUGAGUUUAUGGCAAAUGGUUCGCUCGAAAAGUUUAUCUACAAAAGAGGGACAGAAACCAUUACAAGUUUGAGUUGGGAGAAUUUAUACCAAAUCUCAAUUGGAAUAGCUCGAGGGUUGGAGUACUUACACAGGGGAUGCAACACUAGAAUUUUACACUUUGACAUAAAACCGCAUAACAUUCUUUUGGAUGAAAAUUUUUGUCCCAAGAUAUCAGAUUUUGGGUUAGCAAAGCUCUGUCCCAGAAAAGAGAGCAUUAUUUCCAUGGCAGAUACUAGAGGUACAAUGGGGUAUGUGGCUCCAGAAAUGUGCAACAGACAAUUCGGGGGAGUUUCACAUAAGUCCGAUGUAUAUAGUUAUGGGAUGAUGCUGCUAGAAAUGGUAGGAGGGAGGACGAACAUUAAUGCUGAAGCUAGUCAUACAAGUGAGAUAUACUUCCCACAUUUGAUUCACAAGAGGCUUGCGUUGGACAAGGAUUUAAGACCUGAUGAAGUGAUGACUACGGAAGAAAAUGAGAUUGCAAAGCGAAUGACCAUAGUAGGUUUAUGGUGCAUUCAAACGUUUCCAAAUGAUAGACCUACAAUGAGCAAAGUGGUAGAUAUGCUCGAAGGCAACAUGAAUUUAUUGGAAAUGCCACCAAAACCUAUGUUUUCUUCGCCUACUAGAUCCACAACAGAAUCUUCCUCUUAA